AGCCUCUUACUACCAGAUGAAGCACAAACCAACGUGUCUGACAACUCUCUGGGACCAAACCCUGAACACAAGCUUAUGCUCUGAGGUGUGGGUGUGUAUGCUGUUGUAAAGGCACCUGGAGGAGUCUGGAGCAAUGCCACCACCCUCGGACAUUGUGAAAGUAGCUGUUGAGUGGCCAGGUGCCAAUGCCCAGUUGCUGGAAAUAGAUCAGAAAAGGCCUCUUGCAUCCAUCAUCAAGGAGGUCUGUGAUGGAUGGUCGUUGCCAAACCCUGAAUACUACACCUUGCGGUAUGCUGACGGGCCUCAGCUGUACAUCACAGAGCAGACUCGCUGUGACAUCAAGAAUGGAACUAUCCUACAGCUGGCAGUCUCCCCGUCUAGGGCAGCUCGCCAGCUGAUGGAGAGAAUCCAGUCGCACAGCAUGGAAGCCCGACUGGAUGCCAUGAAGGAACUGGCUAAACUUUCAGCAGAUGUGACCUUUGCCACAGAGUUCAUCAACAUGGAAGGGAUUACAGUGCUGACACGACUUGUGGAAAGCGGGACCAAGCUUCUGUCCCAUUACAGUGAGAUGUUGGCUUUCACCCUGACUGCCUUCUUGGAGCUCAUGGACCAUGGUAUUGUCUCUUGGGACAUGGUCUCAAUAACCUUCAUCAAACAGAUUGCAGGGUAUGUGAGUCAGCCUAUGGUAGAUGUCUCCAUCCUCCAACGAUCCCUAGCCAUUCUAGAAAGCAUGGUGCUAAACAGUCAGACUCUGUAUCAGAAGAUAGCAGAAGAGAUCACCGUGGGGCAGCUCAUUUCUCAUCUGCAAGUCUCAAACCAAGAGAUUCAGACAUAUGCCAUUGCCCUCAUCAAUGCCCUGUUCCUGAAGGCACCUGAGGACAAGAGACAGGACAAGCUGCUUAACCCACUAGACCUGCCCAUCACUGAAAUGGCUAAUGCGUUUGCCCAGAAGCACCUGAGGUCUAUAAUCCUGAAUCACGUGAUCAGAGGAAACCGCCCAAUUAAAACAGAAAUGGCACAUCAGCUCUACGUGCUACAGGUCCUGACCUUUAAUCUCCUGGAAGAGAGGAUGAUGACCAAGAUGGAUCCCAAUGAUCAGGCACAGAGAGACAUCAUAUUUGAGUUGAGAAGAAUUGCAUUUGAUGCAGAGUCUGACACCAACACCGUCCCUGGCAGUGGAACAGAAAAACGCAAAGCCAUGUACACCAAGGACUACAAGAUGCUGGGAUUCACUAAUCACAUCAAUCCAGCCAUGGAUUUUACUCAGACUCCUCCAGGGAUGCUGGCAUUGGACAACAUGCUCUACUUGGCCAAAUUUCAUCAGGACACUUAUAUCAGGAUUGUUCUGGAGAACAGCAGUCGAGAAGAUAAGCAUGAGUGUCCCUUUGGGCGCAGUGCCAUUGAGCUUACCAGGAUGCUUUGUGAGAUCCUGCAAGUUGGGGAACUCCCCAAUGAAGGCCGGAAUGACUAUCACCCCAUGUUUUUCACCCAUGACCGUGCAUUUGAGGAGCUAUUUGCCAUCUGCAUCCAGCUGUUGAACAAGACCUGGAAAGAAAUGAGGGCGACAGCAGAAGAUUUUAAUAAGGUUAUGCAGGUUGUGAGGGAACAGAUCACACGGGCUCUCCCCUCCAAACCAAACUCCUUGGACCAGUUCAAGAGCAAAUUGCGCAGCCUGAGCUAUUCUGAGAUUCUGCGGCUACGCCAGUCUGAGAGAAUGAGCCAAGAUGACUUUCAGUCACCACCGAUUGUUGAGCUGAGAGAGAAAAUCCAACCCGAGAUCUUAGAGCUGAUAAAGCAACAGCGCCUGAACAGACUUUGUGAGGGAAGUAGCUUUCGAAAGAUUGGAAAUCGCAGGAGACAAGAAAGAUUUUGGUAUUGUCGCCUGGCUCUGAAUCACAAGGUGCUGCACUAUGGAGAUCUGGAAGAUAAUGCCCAGGGUGAAGUGACCUUUGAAUCUCUGCAGGAAAAAAUUCCAGUUGCAGACAUCAAAGCCAUUGUCACGGGGAAGGAUUGUCCACACAUGAAGGAGAAAAGUGCACUGAAACAGAACAAGGAAGUGUUAGAAUUGGCCUUCUCGAUAUUAUACGAUCCUGAUGAGACCUUGAACUUCAUUGCACCUAAUAAAUAUGAG